ACCACCAGCUCCGAUUCACUUGCAUUGCCUUCAUGUGAUGUGAUGAUCCCCUCAAUUCCUCGCGAUCCCGCCGUGCCGACCUCAUACUCGGCCAUGGACGCCCCCGGCCGCGUCGUCCGCGCCCACUUCGCCGACCCCGACGACGCCACCGACUCCGACUCCGACGACGGCCGCCGCCGCAGCGUCCGGGUAAUCGAUCUGCUUCCGCCCUCCGCAAGGGUGCCCCAAAGGAAGAAGCUUGUGCACUACCCCAGCGACGAUCGCCCCGGCGGGGAGCGGCAGGGCCAGGGGAGGGGCCGCCGCCAGUUCCGCGGCGUGCGGCAACGGCCGUGGGGCAAGUUCGCGGCGGAGAUCCGCGACCCCAACCUCGGGAAGCGCGUCUGGCUCGGCACCUUCGACACCGCCGAGGAGGCCGCCGCCGUCUACGACGCCGCCGCGAUCCGCCUCCGCGGCCGCCGGGCAGUCACCAACUUCCCCUUCUCGACGUCUUCCGCGACGCCGUUCUCGUCCGUGCCGUCGCCGAUGAGCUCGACGGCAAUCGCCCCUACUCCUACUCCUCCGGUGCGUUUCUCCGAGGCGGAGAGCUCCUCGGCCUCUCCUCCGUCCACCCAAUCGUCGUCGGUGGUCGAUGCGGACGAGGACGUGGCGGGGAUGCGGUGGUUUGAGGACGAGCCUGCGUUCGAAUCGAUGGAGUUCUGCCUGCCGUCGGCGCCGACGGCUGGCCAGUGUGAGUUCGGCGACCUCGGUGAUCUCGACGACCUCUUCUCGCCGGAGCCGGAGCCGGAGCCGGCGAGCCGUAAUUUCCCUGGGGAAAAUUUUCGUCUUUAACAAAUCGUGAGAUGAGAGGAGUAUUAUGUACAGAACUUGUCGCAUAGUAAUCUUGUUUUGUUUUGUUUAAGGAGGUUGGGAGCCGAAUCAGUUUAGAUUAGAAAUUUAGAAUGUCUGUAUCUGCCCGCGAAAUCCAACAAUAUUUUCACUCUUGUGCGAUGUGCGAUGGAACAACCUUUGCCUUCGCAACGAACGCCGCGCGUCUCUCCUCCGCUGCAUCCUAGUCGCCUCCUGCAUCACCGUCAUGCCGCCGGACGCCGAUGAGUGGGCCGUGGUCGAGCGCCGGGGCCCGCACCUGCUGGAGUCGGGGCGGCCCUUCGUCGUCCACGGCUUCAACACCUACUGGCUCAUGUACUUCGCCGCCGACCCCGCCACGCGCCCCACGGUCACCGCCGCCCUCGCCGAGGCGGCCGACGCCGGGCUCAACGUUUGCCGCACCUGGGCCUUCAACGACGGCGGCGACCGCGCGCUGCAGCUGAAGCCCUCCUCCUACGACGAAGAGGUCUUCCAGGUGAGCUUUGGCUGCUUCGGGUGGGCACGGCACGAUGCAUGUUUGAUGAAAUGCGUGGCAACUUGCUUGGGAUAUUGAUGAUGCAGCCAACUUGCUUGGGAUGCCAAUUUUGAUUGGGGAGUUUGGGGUAUCACUUAAGGACGGGAGGUUCGGCAAUGAAUUCCGAGAAUCUUUCAUGGAGACAGUUUACACAAUUUUCUCGAGCUCUUGGAAGAGUGGAGUGAUUGGGGGAGGCUGCCUUGUUUGGCAGCUCUUCCCUGAAAGUGCAGAGCACAUGGAUGAUGGUUAUGCAGUUAUUUUCAGAAAAUCAUCAUCCACAUUAAAUGUGCUUUCAAAUCACUCAAGGACUCUGGAAUAUUGAGAAUGUGCUGCCUACUUUUCUUCUUACCUAUAUUACACGGUCCAUGUUCUAAGUUUCUUUUUCAAGCCAAAGACAUCUGAAAAUUUGAAUGCUCAGUGUGUAAAUUGUAAGGCCCUAGUAUAUGUUGUCUUUUGGCUCUCAAAACUAAUGUUAUGUUAUGUAAAGAAAAGCUAAAAUACUAAUUUGUAAGGUGAAAUUCCACCCUUCCAUCAUGCACUUACCUAAUGGCAUCAUAACAAUAUCCUUAUGUACUGGAGUAUUUUCUUGUUUGAAUACAAACUGUUGUUUCAUCCUUUAUAUGCCCUGAGUUGGUUGUCUAUCAUGAAAUUGUUUGAAGUGAAAGUUAUAUUGUCCAUCAUCUGUGAACUUUUAGACAUGUAAGAAAUAUGAUUCCUUAUAGAUAUGUACUUUAUGACAUCAAAAACUCAUAAAAGGUCUUUGUUAGAUUAACACUAACCAACCAAAGGCCCUAAGGUAUAUAGAUCUGAAUCCUCCGGUGCAAUUAAAACUGCUACCGAAGUGACAUGUAUAUUUUUCCCUUUUUCAUGAGUGACUUGUGAUCAUGUUUAAAAUGGAACAAGACCAUAUCUUAGUUGCACCCUUGAACCAUUUAUGCAGAUGUACCUUGAAUAUUCACUUAGAAACAUCUUUCACAAAAGUGAGAUCCUAAAUCUGGUGCUGAUUAUUGUGUGUGGCUAAUAUUACGAGUAGGGUAGGCCCCACACUGUAGCUUUCUGCAUACUUGUAUCAUAGAGAUUUGGCUAUUAAAUUAAAGAGCUGUUCUGGUGCAGAGAAGAAGGGACUGUGAUCUGUAUCUAUGACCAAAACCUCACUGGGUGGCCACUUCUUGAUCAUGGAAUCUUGCUGUUCAGGGUUCAGCAUAUGGUCACGCUCUGCCUUUAUGAAAAUCCGUUUGACUCGAUUUAAUCUCUCAUCGUCUCCUUCAAAGCUUGCAGUACUAAUAGCUGCUGCAGGCCACGGUCGCAUCAGCAUUGAAGCAAGGACUGAUUCCUACCAGAUAAAAAAAGUAUGUACAAGUAAAUUUCACAUUAGAAUUCACCUGUUCAUUGGAGCAGAUAUUAAGUUUGUCAAGAAAUUAUUGCUAAAGAAAUACGAAUAGGAAGUAAUAAAAAAAUAUCAUUUCAGAAGUUGGAUUAUUGUAAUACUACGUUUAGAUUUUGGUCGUAUAAGUAGUAGUUUAGUAAAGAGGGUGGUAUGUUAACAUUUUUCUCCCAAGGUACAUUUCAUACAACAUAGAUGUAUAAUACCUCUUCAGGGCUUUGUUGGGAUAGUCGAUCACGUUGGAAUUCUAGUCUCAAGGCAACGGUUGUUGGAGGAUCAUCUGCUGCUGCACCAAAUGUUAAUUCAAUCUCAUUCUCAGGCAAAGUUGGUAAUCCCUGUUACAUGUUAAUAUUCAAAGGAUGUAAUUCGCCGCACAUAAUAUUAUGACAGAAGAUUUUUAAUAAUAGUGAACUCAUAAAGAAAUAAGGUCUCUCCUGCGUGUUCGAUUUUUUUUAAUAAAAAAUAAGGUAAGUUCAUAUAAUUAUUUCAGAGUUCUAUCGAAAUCUUCUGUACUUUUUGCUUCACGGCUAAGUCAAUUUUUGCCCUACCUUCUAUCAUAAAUAGUUUAGCUAUUGCAACUAUGUGAUGCUCAUGAGUUAUUACAUUUCGACCUUAAUGUUGAUGUUCUUCGCAUUUGUGCUAUAUGUAUCUUUAUUUGUUGUAUUGUUUAUGGGUUACAUUCUGAUCAGCUCCUACGGGGUCUAUGCUUUAAUUUACAAAGAAAGGAAAGUGAAUGUUGAAAACAUUACAUCUUUCUUAUCUUCAUCAGUUUGCAAUCCAAAUGGUAGCAUUGUAGCUGCCACAAAAAAUGCUUGACUGAUCCUGUCAACAAAUUCAUGCAUUGCAUGAAUUACACUCAGCCCUCCAGCACCAUGCCCGACUAGAAUCACCUGGAGUAAGAUUGAAAGUUAGCAUGGUACACUGAGCAUUAAUCAUAAAUAGAUCCUUAGUUAAGCAUUUUUGCUGGAGCCAACUGUAAUUCCUGACAUUUAUUAAUAUUGUAUAGCAAGCGUGUAAUUUCAUCAGGUAUUGUUGUAGAUACAACUACAAGGAUCAUGACUUAAGUGCAAUUAAGAGUUAGUUGAAACUGGUUCCACCUACUUUCAUGUAAUGUGUUUUUUUUUUAAAAAAUAGCAUAAAUCAUUAUGUUUCUGGCCAUUUCUGUUGCAAUUCAUAUUACUAAUAUUAUAGAUUAUAUACCAAGAUGUUACUCAACCAUUUAAUAUAAGUUUUCUGGCAAAAAGGGAGAACAAGGCACACACCUUCUCACCCUCUGGCAAGGUUGAGAUGAGGUCCAUGAGCGGCUUGUCGUACUGCUUGAAUGAUCGGACAGUGUUGGGAUCGGUAGGAUCAACUCCACCUCCGGCAAGGUCAAUGCAUGUGACGCGGUAACCGGAGCCCUCAAGGAGCCAACGGAGCUUGAACCAGCACCAGGCUCCAUGACCUUCCCCAUGAACAAGCACAAAGUGCUCCUUUGCCAUGCCCAUUAGUUUGGCCUCUCCCUAUCAAUCCAAGUUUCUGUUACCAUGGAUAUUAACUAUUUGAUGGACAUGCAGCAGGGUAACUGCAUUUGCAUGGCCAAUUCCAAAUGUCAAACCAAGCAGGCAUCCAGUGAGUUCUACUCUAAAUAGAGGGGGUCUCAUGCCGUGUCUCCAUUUGUGGUAUGCAAAACGGCUUAAUAUGGUAGAUGACGCAGGGUACAUUGUGUGGACCAGCUAGUUUUUCUCCUUGCGGUUUAUGUGACUGAUUGACAUUUGGCCUUCUGAUGGUUUUCUAUCUCCUAUCUUUCUGUAAUCUAGUUGCUCGUUGGUAUAUUAAAGGCUCAAAUAUAGUUGAUCCUUCAUUACAAAACCUUGUAGUACAUACAGGUAAUAUAGACAUGCACCAUACAUAUAUUUAACUAAUUAUGUUUUGUGGUAGACAGCUGACAAACAAUCUAUUGAUACAUUGCAACUCAAAUUGGCAUAUAACAUAACUUAAUGAGCAGAUCAAGCCUCCAAUUGGAUUGCCGAUACGGUUCGCCACCAGUCACAAUGACCCGAGGAUGAGCUCCAAGAGAUGGUCUGGUGCAGAGAAGAAAGGACUGUGGUCUGUGUCCAUGACCAUCACCUUUCUCGGUGGCCAACGAUGAAUCAUGGCCUCCUGCUGCUCCACCUUCAACUUUGAAGCACGGCUGGAAAUGGGCGCAGCAGAAUGGAAGCAAGCGUGGAGUCCUGCACAAAUGUUAACAAUGAAUGUGCUGGAAAAUAUCCUUGGCAAAUGAUUCGCUGCAGCAAUUUAUUCAUUGACCUUGCAUUAUAUUAUACAAACCUCUUGGGAGCAUUGUUGGUACAGGAUUGGGCGCUGGAACUCCUUUCUUAGCACCAUGCUUGUAGGCGUAUGAUCUUCUCCCAGACCAAAGUUCAGGUCGUACACAUCCCCACCAAACUCUGAUAAAUCAGACACAAGAGGGAUACUUGAACAAAGUUGUGACAAGAAAGCAGAGGGAAAUUUUUUGAAUCACAUCUUUGAUGUCUUGUUCUGUUUGGUAGCCAAACGGGAGCAUGGUUGCUGCUAUGAAGAUUGCUUGCUUAAUUUUGUCUCCGAACAAAUGCAUCACGCUUAAUCCUCCUGCGCUGUGUCCUACCAGAAUUACCUGACAAACAACGAUACAGAGUUGUCUCUAAUUUCUGGAAGCAAUGUAUUGUCUGAACUGAAGUAUUGACAAGAUGUAGAUGUUUAAUUAAGAAAAACAAAGGGAUAUGAUA